AAUCGCAGAGUAUUGUAACAUAUUUAAAAAGGAAUGACGAUAAGGGAGGAGGAAACGCGCCAUCACAGGAUUCAAGUUUAGGUCGUCCCCGGAACUUUUGCGACAAAUCGUCGGGAGCUAAUUGGUCUAGAGCGCGGUGACGUCGUCGCUGACCUGGAGAGAUUACUCCGCCUCAUCGUGGCGCUGGCCAAUGAGAUGUCGGCCCUGGAACGAGUUGGCUUGACACGCAAGCGAUACCACGAGGUGCUUACGACUGUCAGAGAUUACAUUGGGUUUAAGCUUCUUUCAUAGGAAGGUCUGAACUCAAUUCGUAGUGAUCAUGGCCACAUCUUGUCGAAUGUCAACGUAUGUCCUACGAUUGCUUACGCUGCGUCAAAACUGUCAGUUGACAACAAAUGCGGGGAGACUCGGCCGAGGGUGUCCGGGGCCUUGGAUCGGCGAUCUCAUGGCUUUACUGGGUCUCGGUCCGGAGCGGAUCCCGUGGACACCGUGGACGGGCCCGACGCGGCCGGUAGCCCACUUGGUUCAGCCUGGUAAGGCGCCGUUGAGAUCUAGUCCUUGGAGCAGUUUCUGUGACGUGAGGGAUACUUCAGGUUUUGACUGUUAAUGCAUAUGUAUCGAUCUUGAUCCGUAGGUGGUUGGCUUCUGCACACUGGCCCUGAUCCGGCCCUCGAUCCCGAAUUCAACGCAAGUCGCGUAACCAAGAGAACGAUGGCGAGUAUUCCUGUUUUCACAAUGGCAGGCGGUUUCAAGAUACUGUGUCUUGAUCGUGCUGAAGCAGGAGGUCACAUUGCCAUCAGACGUCGCAGAAAUGAUCCUGGUCAAGGCGCUAACCACCUGCAAUAUCCACCGCCAGGCAUUGGAUGAAACUAUUGCUUCCUCAACUUCAUCGAACCUCAGUCAGGUUCCUGAGCCCGUGAAUCAGCCUCGAUUCGAUGGCUGCCAAAGAUCCAGAGUUCCAGGCUCAAUGCCUUGAUCUCAUUCGCGGGAUCAAAGCUGCCCACGAGAAGCAGAAUGACCUCCUUGAGAAAUUGGUGACGCUUAUGGCAAUACCAGUUGAACUGGAGACAGCACAUCCACGCGAAGAGAAAUGCCAUGAAGAUAUUGAUGAAUCCCUUGUUCAAGGGGAUAAAAUCAAGCUCAAUGAAGGGGCGUCGUCAGAUGAUCUCAGUGUUGCAACGCAACAAGACACCAACUUGGGCAACAUCCUUCGCUUCGCAUCUAAUUCUUACAAGAAAAGGCUACGGCUUUCAAGAUUGAUCAAGAUGGUCCACAGCCAUUCUUACUCCGCUCUCAAUUACCUCCCUCGCAAUCUUCGUACACACUACCCCAGCAGUUAGAGUACAUUCCCCGACCCCCAGACGAUGGAGACGUCGUUGUCAAUGCCACUCGAUCGUGGAACUACUGGUAUCCGCACGAUUGGGAGACACAAUCCUCCAGAAACAAAUCCAUCAGCCCAGUGCCGGACUUCAUGCCACCAUGGCAACUUACCCGCGGAGAAAACGAAAAGUGGUAUCACAUCGACGACAUAGACUUCGAGUUUCCCCUAACCGCACCAGAUACGCUAUCACCAGUGGCAGGAACAUACUUUGAAGUGCCUUACUCUUUCUUCCCAGGACUCCGGAAUCUGAACAUGGCUUAUACGCGGCGUCAGGGAAUCACGUACGGUGGUUCGGGCGAUUACUUGAUCGAGACUGCACUUACAGAAGCCCAUCGAUACAAGAUCCGUCAGUCCCUAGGGGACUUCUAUGCUGUGCCGCAGGAUGGCCGUCUUCCUCUGUCAUUUCAUACGAGUGAGCUUCGAAUGCAAGUUCGUCAUCGACGGACGCGGAAUGAUAUCGACCGCAGUCUUGAUAAGUAUCUUGAGCCUACGCGUGAGCUACUUAGUAAACUUCAUUGGUUUACUAUCAUUGACCUCACGGCACCUGGAGGCUCUCAGAACGCCGUAUACAGUCUGCGAACCAAAUCAUCACUGUUCCAACAUGACUCUCCGCCAUCGCGUGUUGAGGGGCCGCCUUGCUGGGAGAUGAUCCAGCCAGCGCUUCAAAGAGAAGGUAAUGGAUUUGUGUCACACCCGUCAGUCAUACAAGACCAUCCAACACAGCCGAUCCAUCGUGAAGGACGAUGGUGUCGCGUUAUUCAGCUUGACGGUCUCGCAAACAUCACCGCUGGUCUUAUGGAUGAGAAAUGCACCCGGUAUAACUCUAUGGCCGUCUGGAAGCUUCUCUUCCAAGAUAACCAGCUAAGUUCAGGCAAGGGUCGUGCAUUUCGUGCCACGAUCAAUCAGCAUCUCCUCUGCAGACCGUCUGCAAAGGAGCUGCACGGUUCCGAAAACGUCCCGUGGAGGUCCUUUCACAUCUCGUGGUAUCAGCUCUGUACACAGCCUACUGAUGCAGCUGUUGAGCAAUCGACGUGGAACUAUGGACGUCUUUAUGGGGAGAAGGGGCCGUACAUCAAACAGCAGGCUUUUACUUUGGGGUGUGCUUAUCAAGAGCUUCACGGGUCUGAUGCUAAGCGUGACUCUUUCUGGACAGUCUUGAUCAUGAAGCCGUCCGCUGCUGAUUAUGAUCCAUAUGAUGUGCACAAAGUCCCACGUCGGACAUAUCCGCCUCCAUACGAUGGCCGGCAAUAUCGCUCGGAAGAUGUCAUCCUUGAUGCUAUUCGGACGAAUUUACAGAAAGCAGCUAAUGCGUGGAGUCGAAUGCAAAUAGCCCUCGACGCAAUCGUCGAUCAUGAUCCUCUGUUUCUCGACCCCGUUCAGCACGACAAUCUCUUAUUCGACGACGACACGUUCUCAAGAUCAAGACAAUACUUUUGGAUCGUCAGCUGUCUUGAGUCUUUUCUUAUUCUUAUCGAUGAUGCUAUAGAGGAGUGGAGGAGAUUUCGUGUCGAUUGGCCUCAUAUGAUUAUGGAGAUUGAUCCAGCGGAGGAGUCCCGGACCGGAGAAACACCAGAGGCAUUGACGCGAAGAGUUUUGGGGGAGAUUGAGGCGCAAGUUGAUAGACUGAGGAUCAUAUCUGCUCGUUUCGAAGCAAGUCGUGACAAAACCAAAGCUCUCAGAGAAGGCGUAUGUAUCCCUCAACUACGACGCUCGACAUAUCUCGCAGCUCUUCAGCGCCAGUGGAGUAAUCGAAAGUCGUGUCUCUACUCGUCUAGGAGAAAACGUCAAACUCCUCACAUACGUCAGCAUCUUUUACCUGCCACUAAGUUUCUGCGUUGCUCUCUGGAGUAUAAACGAAGACUAUCCCCGACCAAUGCUAGCGUUAACAGCAGUCCUCGUCGCAGCUGUGACGUUCAUCGUCGUAGCCAACAUGAGAAACAUGGCUUCUGUAUGUGCUGCUGCAUAUCGCGGUGUUAAGAGACGGAUUGUGAGACGGAUGCGUGGGAGUGAAGAUGAGAAAUGGGUUAAGAGAGCAACGGCUUUUGAGAGCUAUAGACCUGAAAGGAUGGAGGUUGAACCGUCGGAGUGGUAUAUCUUGUACUUCUUCAUAUACUCUAUGCUCAGUCAGGUAGGUUCUUGGAUGAAGAAGCAGAGACGGAAAGUGAGGAAUGUAUUUAGUUCGUCGGAGAGAGAGGCAAGUCCUGUUAAGCAGAGUCCAGCGGUGGGAAGUGAGCCGUGGGCAACCCCAAGUUCGUGGUGAGGCAAGAAAGACUAUCCCAAGACUUAGGUAAAAUUAGUGAAUCUCAGAUUGGGCUAUUCCAGCACCUUAGUCUAGUCAACAGGAGGUUUUCUUGCUCUACGGGGGCUCUCUCCU